CCCGGCUUCUGACUUCUUCUGGAAGCCAACAAUGGGGUAUAAAAGGCCGCUCCUCACAGACCCAAAUUAGAAGCUUCUUCUCCUCCAUCGGACUAGGACCACCACCAUGCUGCGUGCCUGCAUCGUCCUCGCCCUGGCCACCAGCGCCUUUGCUGGUCACGUUGCCGGAGGUUACACCCUCGCCAGCAACCUUGGUUACGGCCUUGGCUACGGAAGCCUCGGCUAUGCCGGUCUCGGAUAUGGUGGCCUUGGUCUUUCCCAUUACGGCCUGUCCCAUGGAGUCGGCUACUCCGGCCUGACUGGCUAUGGUGUUGGUUACGGAUACGGAUACGCCCCAGCCGCUAGCUACGCCGUUGCUGCCCCAGCUGUUACCCGCACCGUUUCUACCUACCACGCUGCUCCAGCUGUGACCGCUGUUCACGCUGCCCCAGCCGUGACCACUGUUCACGCCGCUCCAGCUGUUGCCACCUACGCUGCCGCCCCAGCCGUGACCAUGGUCCAGACCUAUGCCGCCCCAGCUGUCACCAGGGUGGUCCAGGCCGCUCCAGUGGUCCAGACCUAUGCUGCCCCCGCCGUGACCAAGGUUGUCCAGUCCGCUCCUCUUGUCCAGACCUACGCUGCUGCCCCAGCUGUCACUCGUGUCGCUACCUACGCUGCACCAGCUGUCACCAAGGUUGUCCAGUCCGCUCCAGUUGUCGCCAGCUACGCCGCUGCCCCAGCCGUGACCGCUGUCCACGCUGCCCCAGCCGUGACCACUGUCCACGCUGCCCCAGCUGUUGCCACCGUAGCCCACGCUGCCCCAGCCGUCGCCACCUACGGUGUUGCCCAUGUGGCCCACGCUGCUCCAGCCGUCGCCACCUACGGUGUUGCCCAUGUUGCCCACGCUGCCCCAGCCGUUGCUACCUACGGUGUUGCUCACGCUGCCCCAGCCUACUACGGCUACGGUGUUGGUUCCCUCGGCUACGGUGUCGGCAGCUACGGUUACGGCCACGGUCUCCUUGGCUACGGCCUGAACUAUGGCUACGGCCUUGGCUCUCCUCUCAGCUACUCCACCCUCCUCCGCAAGAAGAAGUAAAUUCUCUUGUUUUAGGCCAUCUGGCUGGACCCAAUGUACAGAGCAAUGGAGAAACAGUUUUCAAGACAUCAAUUCAGUGUAUGGACUGUUACUGCGAAAUAAACUGCUUCUCCCAACUAA